GGAAACAAGGCGAUGAUGUACAUUGUUGAAUGGGGAGUUCAGGAGGCAAUCGUUGUGGAUGUUAUGGUUACCCGUACCCAAAAGAUAUUUGUACCUGUACGAUCUCGUGCGGUCUGUAAGAUUGUCGUCGCCGAUAAUAAGAUUAAGGUAGUAGCUAUCGAUGCAAGUCUGAAAGUGGUUCAUGAGUCUGCUGUUCAGUUUGAUAAAGAUUUACCAGAAUUCAGAACAGAAAGUGGUGUACACAUUCAUGAUGACCAGUUGACCAUUACUUCACCCACUAUUAUGUGGGUCAAGGCUUUGGACCUUUUAUUGACCAGGAUGAAGGAGUCUGGGUUCAACUUUUCUGCUGUGGUAGCUUUAUCAGGAGCUGGACAACAGCAUGGCAGCAUCUUCUGGAAGGAUGGCUCCGAAAAAGUAUUAGACAAUCUGCAGUCAGAUUGUCCAUUACAAGUGCAACUGAAGAAUUGCUUCAGCAUACCUGAUUCUCCAAUAUGGAUGGACUCCAGUACCACAGAGCAGUGCCAAAACCUAGAAAUGAUGAUGGGAGGCCCUCAACAACUUACUGAUAUCACAGGGUCAAGGGCAUAUGAGAGAUUCACUGGUAACCAAAUUGCAAAGAUUUUCCAAACAAGACCUGCUGACUAUGAACGAACAGAGCGUAUUUCUCUUGUCAGCAGCUUUGGUGCAUCUCUUUUCCGUGGAGCUUAUGUGCCCAUUGAUAUCAGUGAUGGAUCCGGUAUGAACCUGAUGGAUAUCCGAACUCACCAAUGGUGUCAGCAAGCUUUAGAUGCUUGUGCCCCAAACCUGGAUAAGAAGCUUGGACAUCUUGUUCCAUCAUAUCAUAAUGCAGGAUCAAUUGCCUCAUAUUUUGUGGAUCGCUAUGGAUUUUCUCCUGAAUGUAAUGUCAUCACAUUUACUGGUGACAAUCCUGCAUCUAUGGCUGGAAUGCGUUUACAAAAAGGUGAUGUCGCUGUUAGCCUGGGUACCAGUGACACACUGUUCCUGUGGCUAGAGAUGCCUCAACCAGCCCUUGAAGGACACAUCUUUGCCAAUCCUGUUGAUGCCUCAGCUUACAUGGCUUUACUCUGUUUUAAAAAUGGUUCCCUAACUCGUGAAAGGAUUCGCAAUUUAAUGGCUGAUGGAUCAUGGGAUGUGUUUAGCCACUGUUUGGAGACAACUUAUCCUGGUAAUGAUGGAAAUAUUGGGAUUUUCUUUGAUGUUCAAGAAAUAACACCAUCAGCUGUAGGCAUACACAGGUGGAAUGCCAAUGGAGAGAGUGUGUCUUCCUUCACCCCAGGUGCUGAAAUAAGAGCUGUGAUUGAGGGCCAGUUUCUUGCAAAGAGAUUACAUGCAGAAAAUCUAGGGUACCAUAUCGGUUCUGAUUCCAGAGUGUUAGCCACAGGUGGAGCCUCUUGCAAUAAAUCUAUUUUACAAGUUCUGUCUGACAUUUUCAAUGCACCUGUGUACAUACUUGACACUACAAACUCUGCUUGCCUAGGUUCAGCUUACAGAGCCAAACAUGUCUCCAAAGGUUGUGAAGGCGGCGACAAAGUUGCAUUCUCUGAAAUUGUCAAGUCAGCCCCAGCUUAUCAGCUAGCAGCCUCCCCAAGGCUGGAAGCCCAUAAGAUUUAUACCAAAAUGCUUGAAAGAUAUAAAGAGCUUGAGCUGCAAAUAGUGUGAAGAAGCUCCCAAGAAAGUAGUUUGGAUGCAGAACUUGAAGUAGGCACAUUGUGACCAACCACAAAAUGAUAAAUGUUGUAUUGAGAGUGAGAUAUUAUGAACCAGAAUGUGUAAUAUGAAAUAUGAACCUCAGUAUAAACAGGAUUUUGUCAUUUUAAUGCUUCAAUUCUAUUUUAUAUAUAUAGUAAAUAGUGUCACAAGUAUUCUGAUAAAUACAGGCACAUUCCUAUGAACGAGCCUCCAUUUAGCAUGGUCUUGUGCAUUUUAUUUAGUAUAAAUACCAUUUCUAUGCCACCCAAAAAAAUCUUCUAACUUUGUUCCAAAGGCUUUUUUUUUUAAAUUGCAUCUUCAUCUGGUAGGAACAAACCAUUUUUCCCUUCUAAAUUCUAUCUUCAUAAAUUACUUGCAAUAGACAAUUGCAGAGUAUCAAUCAAACUUAACUACUCGACCAAUCAUAACAGGACAUUUUGUGGGACCUUAGCAACUACUGUACAAGGGGCGGAGCUUAGCUGAAAGGUCCCUUGCAUUUUGAUUGGUCUCUGUUGCAUCAAUUCUCAUUUUGUGGUGGAGGUUGCAUUUAUAGUACACACAAGUAUUAAGGUAUCUUUCAAAGUCAAUUAAUUUAAAUGGUUUUAUUAUAUAUUUUGCUAUUCCAAAGCUUCUGAUUGUUGAACAUGGCUUAUUAAUCAUUCUACUUAAUGUUCGUCCACAAUUGUUUUUAUAUUGUAUUCUUAUCUAGAAAUUUGCUCAAGUAUUCACAAACAUUGAUGUUUUGAAAAUAGUUUCAACGACAUAAUCUAAAGUAGAAAUAUUUCAAUGUAUGCCAAAAUAGAUUUAUAAUUUGUCCUUUAUAAAAUUACAUGCAAGUAGAGUGUAGGCUAAACAUAUAUGCAUCACAAAAUAACAAAUGAUAAACUAGUUAAUAAAUAUGAAAUGAAAUUUUAAUUUUAAAGCUUGAGACUGAAUACCAUUGAAACAUUCCGCAAGGUUUGUUUGCAGCUGAUCACAUGACGUACAGUGGAUAUAGAUGGAGAACUUUGCAAUGCGAUCAGUGUGAAAGUAUAGGGAAUAGUAAUGUUAUGGUUGAGAAAGCACCGUUAACCUCAGAAAUAAAUGGCAAGGAAAGGCAAUACAAUUGUUUAAAAUAGUGUUACUUAUUCUAGUGUUCUUUCUGCUUUUUGUGCUUUGAAAUUCAAAAACCUUUGCUAGAAAUCGUAGCGUUCAAAAUCGCAUUUUCCUAUUUACCGAGUAUCACUGGUGCUGCUGUUUACAAUUCAUAACUACUAAACGUCAUGUGACCAACCUAGCAGUCUAUUACAUUACAUUAGCCUAAACAGUAUUUUAAAUAGAUAAACCUAUUACUGUAAUUUGCAUUUAAAAUUAUUGUAAUUUAUUGAAAAAUUAAUAUUAAUAUAAAAAAUUAAGAUUAAUUGGAUUUUUUCUAUAAUCUGUUUUCAAAGUUUUGUCAACUGCAGAUUAUAACAACCAAAAAGACCAACUCUUUUACUUAAUUAAGAGUUGGAAAAUAUGAAAAAUGAAAUAAUCAUAAAACAUAAACAGUACAAAAAUAUUAUUACCAUACUGUAUUCAGUUAAUGAUUGUUUAUUUCUAUUUCCGUUCAAUAUCUUUUUUUGGUUUAUAAUAUGAAUUUGCUGCAGGUUUUGUAGAGCAGUUGAUUAAUACACUACUGCCAUACUGGUUUUCUGUAGUAGUAUUAUUAUUAGUUACUUAAAUUGGAUUGCCAAAUUUUGAUCAGUACUUUUCAAAGAACAGUAAUAACUCAAUGAUCAAUACACUCUGUUAUUAAUAAAAUAUAGAUAUUUAUAUUCAAUCAACUUACAAUACAAUGUAAUAAAUCUUUGUCACAACAGUAUAAAUACAGCUAUGAUAUAUGGUUCAUUAUGUAUACUCAAAUUUUUAGGAAUAGAUAAAAAAUAUGACUGUUUAACUUAAAUUAGUGAUUCACAAACUUCAUUAAAAUCUAUAUCAUCAUGUAGAACUUAAUAAAAAGAGAAUUUUUCAGAAAUUGGUUGUUCGAUAUCAAAUCUGAAUUACUAAUAUUCAUUCAUUCAUAAUAAUGAAUUUAUUUUGGAAUGAAAUUUCAAUAAAUCAAAAUAUACUAUUGUAUUAUGAUUAUUUAAUAAAGUAUGGAUUUUUUAAAGUGAUAGGAACUUGUAAAAAGUAAUUGGAAAAUAACAGAUUAAAAUAUAAUAUAUUAUAGGUAUAGAUUGUGAGAAAGAAGACUUCAGUUUAAAAAAAAAUAAAAAAUAUAUCAAGCGCUGAUUAGGAAAAACUUGUCUUCACCUAUAGAGGGCAGCACAUAGACUUCAUUAAUAAUAAUUAUAGAAUCUAUGUCCUUUUGAAAUUACAAGAAAAUGGAAAAAGCAUUUAUAAUCUUAAUUGCAAGUUAAGAUUUUGUAGUAAUUGCAUGCAUAAUUCAUGUUUGAAGAGGAAUUCUGUGACUAUGCUAAAGUAUGCUUGUAUCUUGUAUUUUAAUACUGAUUCAAGUGGCUGAAGAAUUAACAAUAAAAAUGCAUUGAUUUUUACUAAAA